UUCCGUUAUUGGUCAGACUGACUUAGGAUCUGUUGCUUUGCCGUAGCCGUCACUGGCUAAGUAAACAUGGCUCUGCUACAGUGCGUUAUCAGACAACGGACUUUAAUGACGGGAAAAAAAGAGAAAUAUGUGACGAUUAAUUUCGAAGCAUGACAUUACGAUGCGGUAGAUGUUGUUAAAUUGAUUAGCUUAGUGUAAUCUUUUGGGACCGUGAUUACGCAUAGCUAGCUGUCCAGUUGGCUAAUGUAAGCUAGCAAGAUGGAAAUUGGAACAAUGUUGUACAACAAUUUAAAAGAUAUAACAUGGAGCACGACGUCAUUGCCGUUGGAUCAACUUGUCGGUGCUUACAGGCUGCCUCAGAUUGUCAAAUUGGGGAACGGUCAACCAGUUGAAGGGCUCAGAGACAAUGACUACCUCUUGAUUCAUUCCUGCCGUCAGUGGACAACAAUUACUGCUCACAGUUUGGAGGAGGGACACUAUGUCAUUGGUCCCAAAAUAGAGAUCCCAGUACACUAUGAAGGUCAAUUUAAAUUGCUGGAGCAGGACAGAGAUGUCAAGGAGCCGGUGCAGUAUUUCAACAGCGUGGAGGAGGUAGCAAAAGCAUUUCCUGAAAGAGUGUAUGUCAUGGAGGAAAUCACCUUUAAUGUUAAGGUGGCCUCAGGGGAAUGCAAUGAAGACACAGAAGUUUACAACAUUACACUAAGCACCGGUGAUGAACUGACCCUGAUGGGCCAGGCUGAGAUCCUCUAUGCCAAGACAUUCAAAGAAAAGUCCAGAUUCAACACCAUCUUUAAGAAGAUUGGGAAGCUCAACUCCAUCAGUAAGAUCGGUCGGGGCAAGAUGCCGUGCUUGAUCUGCAUGAACCAUCGGACCAACGAGAGCAUCAGCUUGCCUUUCCAGUGCAAAGGCAGGUUCAGCACGUGCAGUCCGCUGGAGCUGCAGAUGCAAGACGGCGAACACACGAUCAGAAACAUCGUGGAGAAAACCCGCCUCCCAGUCAACGUCACAGUCCCCAGCAGUCCACCUCGCAACCAGUACGAUCUCCACUUGAUCCGGGAGGGUCACCGUUACAAAUUGGUCAACAUUCAAACAAAGACAGUAGUUGUGUGCUGCAUCCUGCGCAGCAACAAAAUCAUCCCCACUCACUUCCCCUUUCAUUUGGCAAUGCCUCGGUUUAUUAUUCCAGAGGAGCUCCUGCAGGGAGAGCUGUGGCUGGACACUGUGGUACAUCGCUGGUUUUCCUUCUGCCAGGAGCAGUUUGACAUUGAUGACUACUCUCGGGCUGUCCGGGAUGUACGCAGCGAUUGGAGCGAUGAUGGGAAGAGCCCUAAAAAAAGCAGCGGGAAUGGUACGUGCUGUGGAAGCAGCAGCAGCAGCUCCAACGGGUGUCCCAACCACAUGCAGACCCCCAGCUCUUUGACUCAUGCGCGGGAUGACCUCACCCAGUCCUUCCAUCGGCUCUCUGUGUGCGUGUACGGCAGCAACCUGCACGGGAACAGCGAGGUCAACCUGCAGGGCUGUAUGACUCUUGGUGGAGAUUGGGCUGGUCUUCCAUCUGAUGGCGUUCCUUCAGACCUGGGGGAAAAUGAACACCUUUACCCGGAGCCACUGGACUGCAUGCAUCAACAGCCACCCUUUAAGUCUGACGUUCCCUAUGAGGAGCUGUGGUUGGACAGUUUAAGAGGCUACUUCCCAAGGCCCCCUUCAAGUGAGGGAAUUCGAGGCAUCAACAAUGGCUGUGGAACAACAGCAGCCCUAUCUUAUGCAGUAACAUGUCCUCUUGGAGCAAUACCAAGCUCAGACGUCUCCCUCACUCCACCACCAGUUCCACCCAAAUCUGAAGCUGUGAAGGAAGAAUGUCGUCUUUUGAAUGCCCCCCCCAUCCCUCCACGAAGUCUGAAGCAAAUGCCAUCAGUUCCCAUUCCGUCAAAGCCGCGGCAGCAAGACACCCGGUCUCCAAGUCCAACCCUCUCGUACUAUUCCUCUGGUCUCCACAGCAUUGGAUCAUGUGAGAAAGAAGCAGUCGAACCAGAGUCAGGCCCGAUGUGCUACCCCUGUACCUGGGGUCAGUCCAACGACCCUGAGCCAAACCCUGCUCCAUUCAGCGCUAGCCCUCCCUCAGACGGGAUGUCCUCCAGGCUGUCGUGGCCAAAUCACUUCAGUGGGGACUCUCAGUGCGUGGAAGACUUUCUGCCGGCCAGCUGUCGAAGCUACUACAGCUACCCCAGGAAGAGGUCCCCGAGCUCCCUGAAAACCUGCACAUCGAGCCUCGUGGACUUUGACGGCCGAGUGCACGCACACAGCAGCAAGGACUUGAUGCUGCAGAAAACGUCUCUAAAUCACUUUUGCACCAAAUCCUCAAGUUACAAUUCAGAAAUGUACAGAGACAAGCCUAUAGAAGAAUCCAACACUAAGCAGAGCCUGUCCUGCCCCAUCUUACCACCGAGAACACUAAAGUGCACAGAGCGACUGUCAGGGUCCGACUGUGACAAGCAGGAAACUUUAAAUUGUUCACUUGCUCCCCACGAUCAUGGCACCAAAGACACUUAUUCCCCCUCUGACUCAUUAAUCCCUAACUGUCCCCCGUUGUCCGCUGGUGCACAGUGGCAGCCUCCGUCCAUCCUGGCUGGCUUGUCCAUUGAGGAGGUGUCCAAGUGUCUGAGAUUUAUCGGCCUGCCUGAUGACAUUGUGUUGCUUUUUGUGUCUGAGAAAAUUGAUGGGAAUUUACUCCUGCAGCUCACUGAGGAAAUUCUGGUAGAGGACUUCAAGCUGAGCAAACUACAGGUAAAGAAGCUCAUGCAGUUUAUAAAUGGGUGGAGGCCCAAGAUCUAACUGCCAGUAUAUGUAUGACACUCAAAGCAGAACGCCAUGCCUCCAGUAUAUAUAUGCUAUGCACACCAAGCCACAGCCUCUUGCGUUGGAUGAAUUGAUCUCCUUGUUGAAUCAUUUUCAGCCCAGGUCUGCUCUCGGCUAACAGAUUGGAAUCCUUUGGCACUUUCAUGAAGAUCUUGUCUAUGAUGUCAUUACUUAGGAGCUCACUAGUGUUCAUGUCAUAACUCAAAUCCUAAUUUUAGAGAAACCCAUUUAAUGAAAACACUAAUGAGAUGAAGUUUAGGAUCUUCCUGUUGAAGAUUGUGGCCACCUUGCAAGACUGUUAUGUGUUAAAUGUGUUAGCUGCACAGUCUUGUUGCAUAUCAUUUUUUUGAAGUAUUUAUCUGUGAAAGAGAAGAAGAAUGAAGAAUUCGUGAGACCUGAGAACAUCAGCAUUCAUCAACUAAUAUCAGAAUGGCACUUUGACAGUGCAGCGCUUCAAGUCUGCUUUCUGACAUCAGCAGAUGUAAACAAAGCUGAUGUAACCAUCCACAGUUCAUCUAGUCAAAGAAGAAGAACCAAAACUAUUACAGAAUGUUAUCAGGACUGUGUCCCACAGUUGUGGCAGGACAGCAUAACUGUCUGUGCUAGUGUUUGUAAAAUAGCUGCGCAGUCAGUGACGGUUUGGUCAAGGUUCAGAGGAACUUACUGCAAGCAAACAUAGUUCACGUAAUGGGUAUUAAGGGAUACUUGUGUUACUUUUAAAGUGUAUGUUAAGGAGCCCUAAGUUGCCUUUUAGUCCAAACUGCAAGAACUAGUCCUGCCCUCAAGCCUUUAUUACACUCACACACAAAGAGCUAAGAAAAGAGAGAUAAGAUUCUUUGCCUGCAGAACCAAACAAUCGGUAUCCAGUGAAUUCUAGUAGUAUUUGAUUUAACCAAAACAUCUCCACUAAAUAUAAUAUAGCUGUUUAUAACUGGAAAUUAACCGUGUGUGCCCCAAUAGAAGGAUGUUCCCAACCUAAACCCUAAUAGAAGUAGAGAAGGACCUUGAUGUUUUAUGAAAAUACAAAUUAUGCAUCAUGCACUUUGCUGGAGUUCAGCCGAAUUAAUUAGUUAUGGUCUUGAAAUACCAUAAGCCUGCUGCAGAAAUGUGCAGUCCAUGAAUGCACUAACUAGAACGGUACAUGUGUAGGUGUCCUCUAAUGCAACACACUAACUAAAGCUCAGAUGUUCUGCGCCUUAACCCAAAGACCUUGAAUUAAAGUAUGUAUUUGAUUGAUCAGAAACAGACGCGCAAGCUGAACUGUUUUAUUAGUUGUUGUUGGUACCCGCCGCCUUGAUUCUGAGUUGUGCGUUUACGUUUCAGUACAAAACAGUACAAAACAUGCAGAGCAGUUGUUCGAUGAAGGCGCCUCUGCUGCAACAGCCUUUAUGUGAACAACCAAAACGUUUAGUUUUUUCUAUGACACUUUUUGCAGUGGGGUGUUACAUUUUAUUGUGAUAUUUUUUUUCAUUUUAUAUGCAAAUUAAUUGUAAUUUUUUAAAGAAAAGUUAUACUGGUGUUGAAAUUAUUUUUUCUAAGGAUUUUUUUAUGCAGAACUUUGGUUGUACUUGGGUUUACUAAUUGAAAAAUGCAUUAAAACAAUACUUGCGGGUGAGAAACCUCUGCUGGCCUCAAUCACACUCCAAAGACAGUGACCAAAUAGUAUAUAUGUUGUGUUUAUGGUUUCCAUGACGAUUGAAGUCCUAUGCAAUAGCCAUUGUACGACAACAAGUCGGACAGAGGAAGAACCGAGGAACGUCACAGUACAGGAUUAUUGUUUGUUGGUUUGUUUAGGUGAAGAACGUUGGUCAGAGGUGUCAUGUGUCUUUCUCCAUACAGUUUGGUUCACUCGGGCCAGUAAACACAGCAGCACUGACACAUGCGACAUCUACAACCAAGUCAUUUACUGUGUGUGUGCUGCAACAUUAACUAUACAGAAGCAGAACAGCAGGAAAACGGAGUCGAGCCGUUACCUCUGACUUUCAUCCACGUCAGCAGUCCUACUUGAAAAAUCCUGACCCAAUCCAGCAGCGACUGUGCACUGGGUUCCAUAAUACUGUUGGUCACCAUUAAUCUGGAGUCAUGAACUCAGCCUUCAACUUAACACGUGUUCUGUCUGUUUUAGAUUGUAUGAUCAAUUAAAAUGAAUUAACUGUU